AUGGACACUUCCGAAGACCUGCGGCAUGAGGUACCAGGCUCAACCUCUGAAGCGGGCGAGGGGUCAGAGAAAAUAUCUUCACCAGGUCUUGUUGUGGACACAACGACACCCAAUGACAAUACCGAGCAAGACGACAAGGACGAUGACGCAGUCAGCAUCAAGACAACAACAGACGAUCUUUUUGGUGAUGGCACCGACACGUCGCCUCGAGAACACAAGCUUGGGCUCGACAUAAACUUUCCAUGGGGUUGGUCCGGUUCCUCUUAUGAUGAUUAUGAGUAUGAAAAGAACCCAACAACGAGUACUUCGCCUGCACCUGCUAACGUGGUCAAUAGUGUCCUUACUGUGCAUGGCAUACGUGAUGAUUAUAAAACUGCCUGGAUCGACAGUAAAGGGAACUGGUUUUUGAAAGACAGCUUGUUCAAGGACAUGUCCGUUAGAGAGAUCGAUUAUUCUUAUGAGAAUCAUGAAGAAUCGAUCCUCUAUAAGCCUGAUGGCAUUCGAAUUCUCGCAGAAAGGCUCAUCGACGAAUACGCGACAGUUCGAACGAAGCUUGAAGAAACAGAAACGGAGCGCCCUGUCAUCUGGGUUUGUCAUGACUUUGAAGGUACUAUCGUCAAAGAGAUCUUCUUGGGCUCGCCUCAUCGAUUCGAAUCGCAAGACGAUCUCGAGGAUCAGCUACACAAACUCAUUCAACUUCCCGGUCCCGAGAUCAAAAACAAGACAAUACCGAAAAUCAAGCAUCUUUCAAGACAAAUCGAGAGUACCAAUCUGAAAUUUCUGGCUACUAAGCUUUUCGACAAAGCCACCAUUUUCAACAUUUUUAUCCAAGACCCCAAAGCUAGUCUUGCAGCGAAGCCUGCUGAUGAUAAGUCCCUUGGGGCUGAUGGGAUCGACUACGAGGGCGAAGACUUUAGUAAAGCGAUAACGCCUUUUUCGAGAAAUUCGCACUUCGUCGGGCAUUCCUUCGAAGCGGCUGGAAGAUGGCGCUGGGAUGAUUAUGGACAAAUGGACUUUGUUUGUGAGAACAUCAGUUCUUUCUUUAGUGAUAUUUCCUACGCUUUUGGAGCAACUGGCUUUCAAACGACUCCUCUCCCUCGCGCCCCCGACUCGGCAAUUCAGCAUUCCAUUCGACCCAGUUCUACCGCAUCCUCCCGUCUGAAGUGGAUACAUGAGCAAGACUCCUACGUGUCCUUCGAAAAGACGAAAUCAGGCUUUAACUACUUGCUUCUUCAUGGCGACGGAAACUCAAGCAUCGACAUUUCCAACGUGUCCCGUCUCUUCUAUGCCGCCUUGGACUCCCACGUUGUGUCAUUAGAUGCAAGAAACGCAGAGAAGUCGGUGAUUUACUUCGAAUUCGAUGAGAACGACUCGCGUUACGCCAACCUUCUAUCAAUGUUGACAUACCUGGUCAAUGUCAUUCUGAUUCACUUCUCGCGCGAGUUCGAAGCUUUUCCCUAUGAGGAAUUUCACUUUCUCAGCGAGACGUGUUCAUGGACUGUUGAGGAUCUACACCAUAUAUACUCCCAGUUCAGAAAAGUAGCAACUGGUACUCGCGACCUCACAAUAUUCAUCAGCUGCUUUGAUCAAUGUCCGGCCGAGGAACAAAAAUGGUUUAUGGACCGUAUUCUGUACGAGCAGAGCAAAAGCAGCGCCACUUAUCACCUGAUCGUAUCAACUUCUACGAGAGAAGGGCUUGAUUACGAAGACGCCCCGCGUGCCCCAGAGCAAGUCAUUGCAGCUGCUGUCAGAAGCCUACUUCCGAUAUCAGCAAAAACCAUUCUCGAUGUGUUUUUGUCAUCACUCGAGCCGAGUAUCAAGGCAAAAGCCGAGAUUGCUUUGGACUGGAUCAAACACGCUGCAGAGCCUUUGUCGCCGGAGGCUCUUAUUGAGGCCCUCAAAAUUCACAUGACUGAUGACAAGGAUAUUAUCCUAGAAGACCUUGAUAGAGAAACCGAGAUGGCAGAAUUGGUCAAGGCUUUUAGUGGGAUCAUCAUGGUCGAGAAUGGCGACGUGAAGUUCAGUCACCCAACGUUCUACCAAGUGAUCCGACUAGACGAAGAUACAGAACAGUCUACUACCAGGAUCCACAGCUCAAUGGCCGCAGUUUGCUUACGUUAUUUUCAGCUUGAGAAUGCCCAAAAGACGCUGGCCGCGUUCUGUUCCACAAGAUUCGAAGGAUCCUCGAUGGAAACGCCGCUAGAUAUAGUCAUCACUUCCCACCAACGAACCACCUUUGCUGAGUAUGCUGUUCGGUUCUGGCCCCAUCACUACAAGGCCAGUGGGCAGUUCAAACCGAAAAAGCUUGUUUAUGAACUCUUCAAUAGCAAGAUAUCCCGAGCUGCCUGGGAGGUUCCUUUCUGGCUACUCUCCAACCCUUUCACGAGGAUUAAUCGACAUUACACAUCGACGCUCCCGGUGUUUGCCAUGUUGGGCCUGGAAGACCUGGUCAAUGAGAAGAUGGAUUCUGAAAAGAAUCAUCCCAAGUUCAAUGAAAACUGCUGGCUUUCGAUCACAGAAGCUAUUCGGUCAGGGGAAAACGCGAUUGCAAAGAGACUAUUGGAUCAGGUCGAUGUGGAUGAAGAUGAGCUUCGAACCUCUUUAUUUUGGGCAGCAGCGCGAGAUGACGAAGAACUUCUAGAAGCUUUGAUUUCUAAGAUUCCCGAUCUCAAAGCUUUCUCGUGGCCUGCAGCCUUUAUGCAUCGACUCACCUCAACUGGCCAGGACGCAGUACUAGCUACAGUAUUGUCAUCUGGUAGCGACAUAAACAGCAUAGGGCCCUACUGGGGCUGCCCACCAACUCUUAUUGCAGCCUGGCGUAAUCGUGUCUCGACACUGGAUCUCAUCCUGAGAUCAGAGCCAAAACCUGACUUGACUAUUGAGGACAAUACCGGCGAUAACCUUUUGAUCGCUGCUGUGAGGCUCGGAAAUCCAGAGGUGGUCAAACUCAUUGUUGAUGCCGGUGCAGAUACCAAGAAUGGUAGGAAGGCUCACGGUCUGGUACGGGCAGCGGUGAGAAGCGGUUCACAUGCAGUGGUCCGUAUACUCGUUGAAGCCGGCGCUAAGCUCGAGAUGGAUGCGGAGGAUGAACAAGCGCCACUUUCGCUCGCUGCGACUAAUGGACUUGUUGAGUGCGUGAGGGUGCUUCUUGAUCACAAAGCAGACCCAGAUGCCAAUAGCUCUUAUGGAACUGCGCUUUAUGCGGCUGUGGAAAAGGAGCAUCUGGAUGUUGUUCGACUCUUACUAGAGCACGACCCGAAGCCAAGUAUGGACAUUGCACCUCCGUACAAAGACUCACUCUUCAUCCGAGCUAUCUGCACUGGAAACAUCGAGUUGGUAUCGCUUUUGAUCAAAUACGGUGCUAAGACUGAUUACGUUGACCCUAUCGAGUCAUUCAACAAGUCCCCUCUGUCUAGAGCUGUCCGCGAAGGAAACUUGGACAUGGUGAAGCUUCUUGUCGAUAAUGGGGCUGAUAUCAAUUAUUCCGAAGGCGGAACGGACCCCCCGAUGUUCGCAUCCCUGUACUACAACCAAAACGACAUAGCGAUGUAUCUGAUGCAAAUUGAAGGGGUUGACUUGACGUGGAAAGGGCCUGAGGGAAUGGGUACCCUCCAUGGUGCAUAUAACAGCCCAAAGCUGCUACCAGAUCUACUGAAAAUGAACCCUCCCAUGAAUGGCAUGAGUAUAUGGGGUACAGAGCUACACAUGGCGGCACGUGAUGAUGAGCUAGAGUCUGUGGAGAUACUCCUCAAGAAUGAACCGAAGCCCGACCUGGAGGCGACGAUGGGAGAUGAUGCCGUGAAUGCCUUCGAGGUGGGUUAUACCCCUUUACAAGUGGCCAGCCAUCACCGUGCUUUCCGAUCAGUCAAGGCUCUGUUGGAGGCCGGGGCUGACCCUAGCGUGCUUACCAACAACAAAGAAGACGUUAUCGAUAUUGUGCUCGGAGGUGAGGGCAACUUGGACGACGUUGAGAAACUUGUCAAGCUACUCCUUUCAGAGCCAUACAAUCUGCCCCUCGAAAGAGUCGAUUAUCAGAGCCGCACCCGGCUCCACAAUAUCAACGAAACUACAUCACUUGCUGUAUUUCGGCUUCUCACCGAGUCGAAACCCAAUUUGGAUGCUCGGGACUGCAAUGGAUACACACCUCUUGCAGUGGCUAUCAGCAAGUCUAAUAAGGACAUCGCCAAAUACCUCAUCGACCAAGGGGCUACUGUCAAUACCUUGAGUCCAACCUACGGAAGCAUACUCCAUCUCGCUACCAGUGCGGGAUCCCUGGACCUCGUUAAGCUAUUGCUGGAGGCGGGUGCAGAUCCUGAUCUGGUCGAUCUGGAGUACGGCGAGUCCCUCCUGUUUACAGCUCUUGGCAUCCAAGACGGAGCUAAACUCAAAAAGAUGGUUCGGUAUCUCGUUGAUGAAGCAAAAGUUCCAAUUGACAAGUUGGGAGGCAAAUUGGGAUAUCCUAUUCUUCGAGCAACACAUAGAGCAUCAUACCGGAAUGGCCCUUCGUCAGGGCAUCAAUUGCUGCGGUUCCUGAUCAGACGCAACAUCCACCUGGAUGUUUCUGACAACCAGGGUCGCCAGGCCGUGCACUUUGCUUGCAAAUCACUUCUUGCUGAUAAUUUCAAGGCCCUUGUUAGUGCCGGGGCAGAUAUUCAUUCCGCCGACAAGUUUGGCCGGAAGCCGAUUCACUUCGCGGCAUCGAGUCCAUACAACCAUUGCCUUGAUUACCUCCUUAAGGCGCUUGCAAAGACAGAUAUAGACGUCAAAGACAGCGACCAAUGGACUCCUCUGAUGUGGGCUGCACGAUCUGGGCUUGGUUCUGUGGAGAUGCUCGUAGAACGAGGCGCCGACAUCUGGGCGCGAUGCCGAUCUUCCGCACAGCAGUCCGACUGGUCGCCCCUCAAGCUGGCGAGAUUUUCAGGCCGUGCAAAGUGGAUCACUGAUAUCCUCGUGCCCAAGGAGCUAUCGAGGACCAAAGAAGACGGCUCUCGAGAAGAUUGGGACGAAUACUUUCACAAGAGCAAGACAGGGCACGAAAAGCUAGAAGAAUGCGAUAGCUGUCUCGUUGUCAUCACUGGCUUGCGAUGGGAUUGCAUUGAGUGCAUCGAUACCAUUUCGUUGUGUUUCAAGUGUGUCCCUCACAAGUCCUACCUCCAUAAUCCAGAACAUAGUUUCCGGGAUAUUCCACCUCUUUAUGAAACGGAGUCGGUGGGAGGCAGUGUGAGAAGCAACAGUCCCCAGGAAAUGCCUGCACAUGAAGAGGAUGCAACCUCAGAUGGCAGUUCUGGGAUUGAUCUCCAGAAUCUGGAGUUGGACUUAGAAGACUAG